AUGGACAGUUCGGAAGAACAGACUCCAUCUCCCCCUCGGGUCAAUGGCAUGAGCAUGGUGGUGGUGAUGGGGGUUACAGGCUCCGGAAAGAGCUACCUCAUCAACAAGUUGGCGGGAAGAGAGGUCGUCAAAGAGGGUGCCGACUUGGAGGCUUGCACGCAAGAAUGUCAGAUGAUUCCGGUGGAUCUCGGCAACACCAAGCUCAAGGGCAUAAUCUAUGUCCAUCGAAUCACCGACAUUCGUUACUACGGUUCCGCGGUCAAGACAUUCGAGAUCUUCAAGAGAAUAUGCGGUGAAACAGCACUCCCCAAUGUGUUGUUAACCACGACCCGCUGGCAUGAGGUUGAUGAACCAACGGAAGCAUCACGAGAGCGCCAACUUCGGGACGACUUCUGGGCUUAUAUGGUUGGUCGCGGCUCGCUCAUGAGCCGCUUCCACGGCGACCGCACAUCGGCCGUUGCCCUCAUCAGCCAACUCGUCAUCAAGGAGCCUAUCGUGCUUCGCCUCCAACAUGAGAUGAUCAACGAAGGCAAGAAGUUGGACGAGACCGAGGCUGGAUCCUAUGUCAGCGAUGGCCUUGGUGAGAUCCGCAAGCAGUACCUGCAGCAGCUGGAAUCACUCGAGGAGAUGCGACAGAAUCUACAGGAGCAAGACCGCGCAAUGCGGCGUAGAUUGAAGCUAGAUUUUGAGCGUGGACGCGAGCAGCUACUGGAGACGGAGAAGCAACAGGUCAGUCUACGCGCCGACGUUGCAGCGGAGGUGAAGGAGCAGAUCCAGACAGAGGCUAAGCGUAAAACCAGCGGGCUCCGCAGGGUGAUUUAA